AUGGAUGAAGUCUCAGAUAAGUUGGACGGAAUAACCAUCAGGGAUGCCUCUUCCCAAAAUAGAUAUUGGUUUAUUGUUGCCAUUAGUAAAAAGAAAUUACACAUUUACAAAUUUUAUCCAAAACAUCUUUCAAAUUCAGAUGACAAAUUGGAGCUGUUUUGGGAAAAAGGGUCCAUAUCCAAAUGUUUCGUCAGUAAUAAAGGCCAUCAGGUAUGUAUAUUAAAAGAAGGCUCUGAUUUACUCGAAAUUACGGAUAUCGAAUCGGGAAGAGUUUCGCGUACCAUAGCGGUACCUGCUGAAUCUCCACUUAAGGAAGUAGUAUUUAGUCCAUUGGAUACUCAUUUAAUGGUUUUAACUACUUGGACUGAAACUUAUCCGAAUAACUUAAAUGUUUAUAAUUUGCUAGAUGACAAGAUUCCUCCUGUUAUAUCACUUCCAUAUCAAAAAACCUAUACAAUAACAAGGUUUCCGAUGUGGACACCAGAUGAAAAAUAUUGCGUAUUAAGGGUACACUCUGAUAUUAAAGUCUGGAAAAACAACGAAUUUAAUGAUUCGGGAUUUUUAGGAGCGUUGAACAUUCAAUUAGGUGCUGGAGAAGCUCCUACCGUUCUUCCUACAAACGUUGUGUUGUCGAUAUCCCCAGUGUACAAGAAGGGGAAUUGUUUUAUCGGAAUUUUUGUUUCCAAUCAGGGGAAAUUUGACCAAGGUGUUUUAAAGAUUUAUUCUUCUGAUGAUUUACAAAAACCCAUUUUUGAUCGCCAAUUUGGCCAAGCUGAAGAGGGCGAUUUGUUUUGGAAUAAGACUGGUUCUGCUGUAAUCUUUAGAACGUUUACGAAUAACGUAAAAGGUCUUUCAUCCUAUUAUGGUGGUAAUGCCUUAUUUCUCAUUCACACUUCUAACGGGCAUUUAAAGACCAUUUCAACCCCUACAGAGGGGUUGGUUCAUGAUAUUUCAUGGUCAAAGAAAAGUAACGAAUUUCUGAUAGCAAAGGGGCCAAUGCCUGCAGAGUUGGACUCAUAUGAUGGGAAUAAUGGUUCAAAAAUAUUAAGUUUCGGAAAGUGCAGUAGGAAUACCAUAAAACGGGACCCUUUCGACAGAUUAGCACUAAUGGGAGGAUUCGGAAAUUUACGUGGCGACAUUGAUAUUUGGGACUUGAAAACUAAGAAAAUAAUUGCUCAGAGCAAGUCCGAUUGUUCUGUUACUUGUGAAUUUUCCCCAGAUGGAAGGUACUUUGUUACUGCAACAACCGUACCCAGGAUGAGAGUUGAUUGUUGUUUUAAAAUCUUUUCCUACAGUGGGAGAUCUGUUACAAGGGUUGAUUUUGAAGAACUUCAUAAUGUGUAUGUUAAAUCACCCAAUUUUGUUUUUGCCGAACGUGAUCCGUCCCCUCAUGUUCGUAUAACUGAAAGUACUAGUACAUCAUCCGCACCACUAUACCGUCCACCGGGGGCUUUGGGGGCAAACUUUCGUACCCUUAUUAAGCCAACGACACCAAAUCUGAUCGCAAUACCCGUGUCACAACUGAAAAAGAGCAAGCCUGCGGGACCACCAGGUGCUGACGCUGCCCUUUUAUCUGCUGCCUCAAAAAUUGGCAAGAAGAAAAAGAGCAAGAGUAAAAACUAAGUAUUUGC